AUGUCGUCUCUGGAGCAGUCCAUGAUGGACCUCGAGCACAUGAGCAACCUCAUGAGCCGCUCGCGCUUCCCCUUCGACAUGGGCAGCGAGAUGCUGGCGGCGCGCAGCAAUGUUGACGACGACGAAUUCUUCCGGGAUCUGCCUGUGCUUUUGCGCGAGCAGAGACCGGCGACGCAGCACCGCGAGGUCGCUACACAGCCGACAGAAAAGGAGACCGAUAACGUAGCGCACGACCCGACUCCGACCCGUGAUAACGACCCGAACAAACAGACCGUCAAGGCCAAGGUCACCACUAGCACAAAGGCAUCGAAACAGUGUCAGAUUCCAAGGACAAUGAACCAUUUUCCCCUUACGAAUGGGUUGACGAUCAUAUUUUAG